CCCGCGACAUGUUUAGACUUGACAACCAUAACGGAUUUUUAUUGGUUCACUAUAUUAAAUAAUUUAAUGCGUCCAAUCAAAAAACAGUAGCUUGCGUGACUAGUAAAUAUUGACAGUAUUGCACGAGGCGUUGAAAAUAGCACACUACUUUUCAGGCAAAAACACUCGAAGCGCUUUAAAAAGUGACAGGAAAUUUAUCAAGGAAUUGUUUAAAUUGUGAUGUAGUCAUGAUGAUGCAACAACAGAAUGUCGACACAAAUGAGCCUGAGAAGCUCAAACCUGACACCGCCACAUGCGAAGAUGGCAAUAUACUCAGCCUACCGAGUUCAUCUCCAUCCGUACUCAGCCUACCGAGUUCAUCUCCAUCCACUCCAGCCGCACUAAACCGGUUCCCGCUGGUUAGAACCGGACGAGAUAGCGGCUACGGGACGGAUUAUUCGCCGUCACCGUCGUCUAACACGUCAUCACGUCAGUUCGUUUUUAAUGACGACAUGGUACCUGGCGGAAAUGUUUCAACAAGAACGAGAGUAGAGAUGAUUGACUUAUCCCAUAGAUUACAAGAUAUUCAUGUGGAUCCUAAAAAUAAUGUAGACAUUGGAAGUGACACUGAACCUGAAUCUGUGCUAGACGAGCAUGACGAGGAGGUUAGGGAUAUUAAUGCAAAUAACAGUGACUGUAAUCAAUUUGUAUCACCCGAGGGAGAGAUUAUAAAAAGACCUAGUGCUCCCCUUCCGUGUUUAUUAAAUAUUGCGACAGGCGGGGAUCAGCGUUCUCGUGAAAGUGACGGGUCAACACCUGCAGUGUUGAAACCUUUAAAAUUAAGAAAUACAACACCUUCCGAGAUAGCAUUACAGAACAAUUCCUCAAAUUCAGCAGCUUCGACAGUUCAGGUUCUUAGUCAUACUUCUGUUGAUCAUUUGUCACGUGACCGAUCUCAUUCAAUGCCAAAUGUACGUGCGUUACGUGAGCAAGAGGUUGGCAGGGAACUACGGCGUCUUAGUGACGAUUUCUUUAACUUCCACAUUAGCAGACGACGGCAACGAACCCUGUCAGUGGAGUCUUCAGCAUUUCCUCUGCGAUUCAACAUUAACGUGUAUGCUGGUACGACAUACACGGACGUACGGACAAACAACGACACUGAUACUAAUGAGGAUGAAACCAAUAACAACUGACAAAAUAAUGAUUGAACAAGUGGCAAACAUUUGUGCUAUAAGUGAGUUGCUGAUAGUAUUCAGAAUAUUGUCUCAUUUGUUUUCAUAAGACUUACAGUGAUUACCUCCCUUGAGAGAUUGUACAGAUAGGGGGACACAACUGCGUAUGAGAUCGAAGACUUUCAUGUGCUUUUGUUAGGGAUGAUAUUUAAGUUGGAAUCAUUUAAGCAGUAUUGAUACAUUAUACAUAUGACGAUUGUGUUAACUGUAGCUGGAUGUUAUUUUACUUUACCAAAUUAAACAAACACAUGAAAUAAUUUCAUGUAUAUGUGUUGUCUUUCAUAUUCAACACAUGUGUACAUAUGUGUAUUAUGGUUUUAACAUUUAUGUGCAGAAUUUGUAUAAUGAACUUGUUCAGUUUGGGAUUUGGAACGUUCUUUUGUUGAUUAAGGAUAUUUCAGGAUCAAAACAAGUGUAAUUAAAUCUGGCACUGUAUUGGAUGUACUGGUUAACAAAAUUUUGAAUUGUAAAUGAUAAUACCACUGGAAUAAUACAGUUUCACCUGCAUAGCCAGGCCACCAACCGACACAUCUAUACAGUCUGAUCAUACUGGAUUAUGUUUGUUUCUUAAUUUCCGCAUUUUAUAUUGGAAUACCCAUGAUUAGCAAUGGAAAGUUCUAAAUUCAAAACAGUUUUGACUAUUUAAAGAAUAAUAAGAAAGAUCAGGAUGGAUUGUGCAUUAACAGAUACAAUUUUUGUAUGAUACAGACCUGUAAAAAGUUACUAUAAUUGGGCGGCAUUACAUGUAUACACAAACUCAGAUUUUAAAGGCUCAAUAUGUCUAAGAAAUACUAUCAUUUUUAAAGACUUUUUAGAAAUGUACAUGUAUUAUAAUUUUUAAAUAAUGAAUUAAGUGCAUGAAUUAUAACUGAUAAAAGUAGCGCUAAACAUGCAUUUAUGUGGCGUAAUGGUAGCAAAAUGUAAACAAAGUAAUAUUUUGACUUCCAUACAAAAUACUUAUUCAGUAUUUAUUAUACAAAUUGCCAACAGAACUAAAGAUGUAAAAGAAAGUUCAUACAUAUAGCAAAUAAUUAUCUUUUUGGAAACUGUAACAAAAUAUAAAAAAUAAUCAGAUAAAAAUGAAAAUCACCAUAUUUCUGAGACAUAAUGGGCAUUUAAAAAACUUUUAUGUACUUAAUGUAUUCAUGUUUCACACAUAUUGUUUCAUCAAAAUUCAAAGAGGCAUUAAAUUAAUGGCUCCACAAAUAUAUGUGCUAAAUAUUUAUUAUUGUGUAUUGUGUUCAUGACAGUUAUUAUUGUGUUCGUAGAAAAAGUGUACAUGACCGUAUAAUACAUGAUGUAGAAAGAAAAUCUGUACAUAAUUAUGUGUCAGUCAUUUCAUGUUUUGUGAAUUAAGUUUUCAUCAACCUGAGAUUUUUUAUUAUAUGUAGUUUAAAGAAUGAUAUUAUUCAUUCUUACAAACACACUUUUCAUUUUGAAUAAUUUAUUUCUAAUGCAUAAUUCUUUUUGAAAAAAUAUAUAAAUAAUAUCUUAUGUAUACUCUUCAUCAAGAAACUUUUUUUCUUCAAUCUAAUUGAAACGCUGUAUCAGUUCAAAUUAAUUAAAUAGCUGAAUAUAAACACAGUUUUUGAAAGGUGGGACUAAAUGAUGGGAUUAUUCUUUAAAAAAAAAUGCCAUUGCUCGGUUUCGUACUAGAGACUUUUUGUCCAGUCACAUGUUAAACCGUAGGCACCUUGCGCAUUUUGAUAUAGAGGUACUGACUCCAACUUGGUGUUACUCUGCUCUGGUGAUUGGCAGAUAUGUUUGUUUUAACUUUUUUCUAUUAAUUAUAACGAUGAAUUUUAUGUUUUUUUUCUUGGAAAAAUAUUAUGUUUUACAAAAACAAUUUAUUGUAAAAUUAAGUAUCAAUGCUUUUCAUGUUAUUUAUUUAGUAUACAGUCAUGACACUUAAAAGUGUUAAUUGUUUUCAAAUUGUCUAGUUUUUUAUGUGUAUUUGUUUAUUAUCAAAAGAAUAUGGAUUUGUUAUUUGUAUCUAUGUUGAUUAUGAUGUUGUUGCUGUAAGAUAAAUCACGUGACCUAAAAUGGUUGAUUGAGGAAUCCUUGCGAAAAAAAUCAGGAAUAAAACCCCUAAGAAACAAAGACUUCCUUUGAAGUUAACCAUUUUAGGUUACAUGAUUUAUUCACUACCAUGUAUAUAACAUUGCAUAAUAAAAGUUAUAAUUUUG